AUCGCGGAAAACAGCCACACGAAGCGCAUCUGUUUGCGAAGCUGUGAACUGAUGUUCACAGUUGGACCAGUAUAAAUAUGGUUUAUUCUAAGCCAUCACAAUCAAUCAAUCCCUCCAUUUAUUCACCAGCCUUUUCAUCUUACAUGUCAUUUAACUUCUCUGAAAGAGAAAACUCAAGUGCCCCAGCUUCCUUGCCCACAACUCCCCUCUGCAGCACUGAAGGCGCACUAACCAUUCAACCAAAUGGGACCUUAGAUGAAAGUGAACUGACCUCUGGGGAGGUGGCCGUCUUGGGUUUGGUGUUUGGUAUCAUAUGGCUGGUGUCCAUUUUGGGAAAUGCCCUGGUCUGUCUGGUCAUCCACAGGAGCCGAAGGACUCAGUCGACCACCAACUACUUUGUGGUGUCUAUGGCCUGUGCUGACCUCCUCAUGAGCCUGGGAUGUGCUCCUUUUGGCCUCCUGCAGGUGGCCUCUGGACAAUGGCCACUCAGUGCAGUUGUUUGCAAAAUUGUGCGAUAUUUGCAGCACCUAUGUCCAGGUGUUCAGGUAUAUGUCCUGCUUUCUAUCUCUGUGGACCGCUUCUAUACAAUUGUCUAUCCCCUCAGCUUCAAGGUUUCCAGGGAGAAGGCCAAGAAGAUGAUCGUAGCCUCUUGGCUGUUUGGUUCAGUUUUUGUAUCUCCAUGUUUCUUUUUCUAUGGCUUCACUACAGCAAAUAGUAGCACCAGUCAUUGUGACUUAUUCCUCCCCCUUGGCUGGGCAGGGAUAGUCUAUGCUGUGCUUCAUCUGCUUUUAAGUUUUAUGGCUCCCGUGGCACUGAUAGUGUUCUUCUACCAAAGAGUUAUUCGCUACAUUUGGAGGAUCAGUGCUGAUGGCCACACAGUGCGUCGAACAAUGAAUAUUGUCCCACGGACUAAAGUCAAGACUAUCAAAAUGUUUCUGAUGCUCAAUUCAGUUUUCUUUCUCUCCUGGACACCCUUUUAUGUUGCCCAGAUGUGGCACCCGAUAGACUCUCACAGCACGAACAGACAGAGGCUCUUGUUCUUUGCCGCAAUUAUCUGGAUUUCCUUCAGCUCUACAGCAGCUAAGCCUACCUUGUACUGUGUGUAUAACGCAAACUUUAGGAGAGGCAUGAGGGAAACCUUUUGCAUGUCAUCAAUGAAAUGCUAUCGUAGUAAUGCCUACACUAUCACAGCUAGUUCUCGAAUGGCUAAAAAAAACUAUGUUGGUGUGGUAGACCUUCCAGUGCAGUCCAAGACAGUGACCAAGGACUCGGUUUAUGAAUCAUUUGAUCGAGAGGCAAAAGACAAAAAGGUUGCCUGGCCCACCAAUUCCAAUCCUUCAAAUACUUUUGUAUAAAUUUUUUUCAGUUGUUUUAACAUGAAUGACAUCAAUCAAGAUAUACAGGCUACACACUGCCAACACUGGUUUAGAAACUACCUAAAAACUGAAUGAUAGCUAUGUCCUGACACAAACAAAAUUUUCUAAUUUCUUUAAAGGGCUUUUGUGGCACCCAUAGUUCUUGUAUUCAACACUUGUGAGCAGCUACAUGUUUCAGACAUGCCUUGUUUGUGUAUGUAAUAUUGGCGGUUGGCCAUAAAACAUUAUUUUCAUUGUACGCACAUGAUGCAUUUCUUGGUGUUCUCAUGUACACAUACCAGAUUUACAACACCUGUAGCCAUAUGGCUUCAAGCCAUAUACAUCCACACCUGUAUAUUAUGCUCACAUUAACAGAACUAAAUUGUGUAGUUUUAAUA